UUCGAUAACCGAGCCGUUCGAUUUGUUUGUAGUUUUGAUAAUUUUUUGUUUUGGGCUCGCUUUGUUUUUGUUGUGGAUGCGCAAGCACACAAACAACAAUCAACGGGACGACAUCGAGUCGGCAUUGAGUCGGCAAAUUUAUUGAUUACAUAUGGAAAACUGGCGCUUGGCACGCAACGCCGCCGGCCCCCAAACCCAAGGACAAAAACGACCCCCAUAUGCGGCGAAGCGACAUUAACGUUAACGUUAAUUUGACAGCAAUUCAAGAGCAAAUCGACGCACUAUUUUGUUGUUUAUUGAGCUCCAAUCCCGGCCAUUCACUCGGUGCUGUGCAUUUGUGAAAGGCGCGUGUGUGUGAGCGUGUGACUAAUACCAAAAAAAAAAAAAAUAAUAAUUAUAUUAAUCCCUUAAGAAAGUAAUAAUUCCAAGAAAAAAAAAGAUGACCACCAGCGAACGCAGCGAAACCGAUCACAUUUCAGCCCUUGAGCUGCAGUCAAAUCGUCGCAUGCUCUACUUCAGCGAUGGCGUCAUGGAGGAGCUGUCCUCCAGCGAUAGCGACGCCGAGCCGGACGUGCCCGAUAAGGGCUACGAUGACCAGCUGCAGCGUGAGUUGACGCUGGUGCCACGCCUACGUUACAAGGCCAGCAAGAUGGGCAAUCAUAUAUUGGCGGGCAUUGACUAUGUGGGCGGUGGCCUUGCCUCCUUUCUGGGCAUCACGCACUCCAAAUACGCCAGCGAACUCAAGUAUCACCAGCGGGCCAAAGAAGAGGCCGAGGCCGAGGCGCAAAACGACGAAGACCUUGACAACAAUUGGCAAACGAACAACAACAACAACAACAACGCCGAUGGGUCAACCACAAUUGUUGUCUGUGAGCCGCCAGCUGCUCGUGGAGGAGUCAACAAUCAAUUGGCAACCACAACAAAUCCAACAUCAUCACCAUCAUCAAUGCCACAAUAAUUUAUGACAAAUCAUCGAUAAUGCAAAGAAUGCUCAUCAGGUGCAAAACGAAUUGCAACGCUUGUUUUUUGGAGACUUUU